AUUCAAGGCCACAGAUUGUCGCUAUAAAAGACAAUUUUCAAUUUUGGGCACCUCAUUAGUGUUCAAAUUUUCGAAGUGUACCACUAAACGAUCCAUAAAUAUGCAAACUGUUGCUUUGACUUGCUUCUGCUUGGCGCUAAUUGGCGCUGCUGCGGCCACACCUCUCGGACCCGUGGCCAAGGCUAAUGCUGACAAUGGCGUACUCCGCAUGUUGGCUGAGGCGAAUGCUUUGGGCGGUGCCGCUGAUCCCGCCGUCACCACCGAGUGUUUCAAUUACUACAUGCCAAUCAUAAAUCAGAUUUCGUCCAACUUCUCGGUACAGUAUGAACAAUGUGUCACCGUGGCCAACCAAGCAGCAGCCAAUCUCUCCGCCAUCGCAGCUCAGAAUCGCGACACAUUUGUGAAUCAGACCGCCGCCAUUUGCAAUGCCUUCACCACCUGCAACAGUGACAACGAUACGCUGGACUUCUUCAAUUGCUACGUCAGCGCUUCUUCAUCUGAUGUUUUGGAAAUCUAUACCUUGUCGGACAGCGCUUCGAACGCUGCGCUUUCUCUGAGAGGUGGUCUGCAACAGAUCAGCGAUAAGGAGGCUUCCUGCACCAGCGCCGCUCAGUACACCUACACUUCGCAGACUUCCGAGACUUACAAAGAGUUGUAUGCUUGCUUCGCUAAUGGCUUGCCUGGUACAAGUACCGCAUCUGCUUCCAGCACUGUUCCCCCAGCAAGUUCUGAUUCUGCUGACAGUACUGCUGCUGUCGCUAGUUCAGCCGCUCCAGUUUCCUCGUAAAUUUUCGAUUUGUAAUAAAAUUCUGGUUUGUAUUAUGUUUUCAAAAUUUUGGUCUCGCUGGAAAUUUAAACAAAAGUGAAAUAAUAAAACUAUGAUUUCAAUAUUCCCUCGAUUGCAAUAAAAAUACAGUGUUUUAAUGA